CCUGUAACCUGUAGCUUUAAGAGGAGGAGGCGUGUCGUCUCUGCCUCGGUCUCUUUUAUUUGAAUAUACAGUAGUUGCGUGGGGCCGGGGUCGGAUUGCGUUGGGUGUUUUUCCUCCGUAACGCUGAUGCGAAACCCGCACGGUCGAUCCGGCUGUUUUUGUGGUCGGUAAUGAAAAGUUACCACCGAUAUCACUUGGGAAGGCUUCUCUGCGACGCAUGCACACACUGAGGAGGCUGUCCCGCUUGCAACCGAGAAUAUGGACUUGCACAUAUUGGACCACAGGCUACGGGUCACCAGUAUAUCCAAGAACGGGCUGGUGAAUUUCACACACCCGCUGAUUAAAUUGAUUUUUCUCCGCAACAGAACACGAUGCAAGUUUUUCAGUCUGACCGAGACGCCCGAGAACUACACAGUUGUCCUUGAUGAGGAAGGAUUCAAAGAGCUCCAGCCGUCAGAGCACCUCCAGGUGGAGAGCUCCGUCUGGCUUCCCCUCAACGUCGUCUCCAACGGCAACGCCUCCAGCAGCUCCCAGGCCGUGGGCGUCACCAAGAUCGCCAAGUCGGUCAUCGCCCCGUUGGCCCAGCAGCAUGUGUCCGUCUUCAUGCUCUCCACCUACCAGACGGACUUCAUCCUGGUGAGAGAGAAAGACCUGUCUGUAGUCAUCAGCACUCUGGAGGAGGAGUUUAACAUCUACAGAGAGGUGGGAGGAGAGUCUGUCCCCGUGCACUGUCAGGACGUUCACAACGGCCUGCAGAAGAACGGCAAAGAAGCAAUCCAGCCCACGGUUCACCCGGUGCUGAUCCCACAGAACCAGUUCUGUGUGAUGUCUCUGGACCCGGAUACGCUGCCGUCUAUUGCCACCACCCUGAUCGACGUCCUCUUCUACUCCAGCAGUCCUAAGGAGGGCGCGCAGUCGACCCCCAGCCAGGACCUGGACUGUAUCAAGUUCUUCUCCUUCUCCCUCAUCGACGGUUACAUCUCGUUGGUGAUGGACACCGAGGCUCAGAGACAAUUCCCUGCUGAUCUUCUCUUCACCAGCUCCUCUGGGGAGCUGUGGAGGAUGGUGCGCAUUGGGGGACAGCCUCUGGGCUUUGAUGAGUGCGGUAUUGUUGCCCAGAUAUCUCAACCCCUCGCUGACAGCGACAUCUCGGCCUAUUACAUAAGCACCUUCAGCUUUGACCAUGCACUGGUCCCCGAGGAGGACAUAGUGAGUGUGACAGACAUGCUCAAGCAUCAGAGGAAGGAAUCGGCGCCCACUUGAAUUUUGAAAUCCUCUCAGAGCUGGAUGUUCCCGGCUCAAAGUGUCCUCCUUUCCUUUUAGUAGCCUGGGGUGGCCAGCCAGCAGGAAAGGUAACUCUGUGCCUAGACUAAGCACUGCAUUGCCAGCAGUAUUAACUACUUUGAACUUGUUGCCAUGACCACCGGAAGCGCUUCUCUACGGUGUGCACGUACGUCUGUGUGCGGCCUCCUCUCUUACCUAUCUAAGGCGGAAUGCACUGACUCUCUCUGAGGCCCACCAACUCACACAUGCACAUCCAAAAUGCACAAUCAGAGCCGAAAAGUUACACACACAGACACACACACAUAAACAAGCACAUUCAAAUUUGCAAGCACAACUGCAGACAUACAGCUAGGUCCAUAAGUAUUGGGACAGUGUUCAUCUUCAUUUGUUUUGAGAUUGUACAUUUUUACUUAAUGGGUUAUUUUGCUUUAAGUUGUUGUAAUCAAGGGUGCAGUCAAUGAUGAGCAAAGGGUAAGUAACUGGAGACGACGGCCCAUCUAGGAUUUCUUGUGUUCAAGUAAGGGGCAGACAAAAAUAAGAAUUAUAUUCUUCUCUCUGCUCCUUUCUAAUCAUGAAACGCAUCAAUCUGAAAUAUGUGAUGUGAUUUUUUUUUUUGUACUAAUUUCAUUACUGUGCAUUUUCAUGAACGGAAUAAAUAACAAUGAAAUGAAAUGAAAUAUUCAUAAUUUUGCCCUUGCGCACCACCACAGUGGAUUUGAAACGCAGAUCGCUUUCACCUUUGAUUUAAGGGGUUGAACAAAAAUAUGGCAUUAAUCGUUUUACACAUUGUCACCCCAUUUUCAGAGGCUCAAAAGUAACUGGUCACUUUCCCUUGUUAUUUCAUUUUUGGUUCUGAUAAACAGUUAACAAAUGCGAAUGCAGACACUUGGAAUGAACUGCAGACCUUGAUUACUCCAUUUCAAAUCCACUGUGGUGGUGCACAAGGGCAAAAUCAUGAAUAAUUGUGUCACUGUCCAAAUACUUAUGGAUCUAACUGAAUAGGCCUGUUUCCACCAAAAUGUUCCUGGUAGUAUUUGGGGGGCAGGAGCUGCUACAGGAACGUCCUCUCGCUCAGCCCGCUCAC